AUGGCAUCAAAAACAAAAAAGACAAAAGAAUCAGCAUCAGCUACUGCAUUACCAAUUGUAACAGAUCCAGAAAUGGCGGAGCGUUUUGAGCGGGAACUAGCUUGGUGUGUUGGACAAUUGGAAUGUAUGAUGAGAUCAUCAUCGAUGAAAGAUAAAGAUCCUCCUCGAUCGGCUUUGCAGACAUUAACAAAUCCUAAAACACCAUUUAUUCGUAAACGACAAAUGAUGCAACAAUUAUUUGGUGAUUAUCGUCAAAAAAUGCAUGAUGAAGACAUAGCUAGACAAAAACGUCACAAUCAAAUACGAGCAAAUACCAAUAGUGAAAUUCCAUUAGCUUCACGUUUUGUUCGUCGUAUUCAUCAGAAUAAUGAUUCAACAAAGGACAAUACAUUUUCGUUUAAUUUUAAUAUUCCAUCAUCAGAUAUGGAUAAAAAUUAA